AUGGGUGCUGCUUCUAAUACAGAUUCUGAAGUACCUGAAGGUUGUGAUCCAAACAUGUUUCAUUCUAUCGGCCUGACACUACUUGCAUGCUUCUGUACGGAUCCGGAACUUGCUGCUGAUCCACAAAUGCAGUCAAAAAUACCAAUUUUCAAUGAUGUCAUAACAUCAUGCAAAAGUUUACGUGGUGCAGAAUUAGAUGGUGGUGUUCGAGGAACAGUGGAUGACUGUUACCAGUGUUUGCUGUCAAUAGCAUCGGCACCAGACGGUCAGCAACAAAUGAUAAGACAUGGAUCAGUACAAGCACUGUGUAAAGCAUGUACUGAAAAAUGUUAUGGUUGUGAGAAAUCAUUGCCAUUAAUAAUACAGUUGUUACAACAAAACGGUAACCAGGUAUGGACGUAUUAUGAUAAAGUGAUUAACCAAUUAUUAGAUUCACUUUCUGCUCAGUUCAGAGAAACACAGGAAAAAAAGAAAUUUGUUUUGUGUGACUCGUUAUUUGCUGUUUUAUCGACUGCAUCCCGGCCUGUGAUAGAAACUUUGCCAUACUCUGUGUGGAGUAGUAAUAUUUAUUAUGGCUUGUCUGAUAUACUUAGAAGUAAAAUAGGUGCUAAACAAAGAGAUCCUGCUCUGAAACUAUCUGCCUUGAUGAUAGAACAUUUUGGUAUAUCUUGGGCUCUAGGACCCGAACAGGAUUCAUCAACCAAGUAUUUAUUAUUAUUAGUCCAUUUGUCUUGUAUAGAGGUGAGGAUUACGUUAGAAGAUACCAGUGAUUGCGAGAAAGAGUCAAGAUCUUCCGUGAUAUCAGCUUGUUACCAUAUGCUUGAGUCUAUUAUUGGGUAUAUGACUGCGGAACCAACACUGAGUUUGACAACAAAGCAAAUAACUCAGCUACAUUCUGCAAUGGUUGGCGCUUUUGGUGCAGUUGUUCAUUACCUCACACGAAUGUCCGAAGAUAAGUCAAAUUACACCACACCAUUAGUGCAAGCGUCUGUGCGAGUGUUGGGAGCAUGGUUAGCAGAGGAAACAUCAGCGCUUAAAGAAGACAUUUAUGCAAUUAUUCCAUUUCUCAUUGACAUUGGGAGAGAAUCAUUUUAUGAACUGAAAACUAGAUUAUCCAAAGAUACAGCGGAGGAUCUUGGUCAUACAAGCAGUACUGGUCCCCUUCUUGUUGAUUUGCUGAGGUUCCUACUGCCAUCCUUGUGCCAUUUUUCAGCUGAGGACGUGCCACGCAAUAUUCUCAUUGAGAACAGAACGCAUGAACUUUUAGGAGAGUAUUUCAACUAUCACUGGUUGCUGUUUACUGCCAAGAAUACAGAAUACAACUCAGAAGUAAGGGUUGUCAUAGUUACAUGA